UGACAGUUUUAUGGGCUCUUGUAUUGCUUACACAUGCGGCAGUGCUGAGUGAUUGUAAUCCUGACGCAAAGCGUUUGUACGACGAGAUCCUGAGUAACUAUAACAAGCUGGUUAGGCCGGUCAAAAACGUGACUGACUCGGUCACGGUCAAAUUCAAGCUAAAGCUCUCGCAACUUAUUGACGUGAAUCUGCGUAAUCAGAUUAUGACGACUAACCUGUGGGUGGAACAGUACUGGUAUGAUCACAAGUUGGUCUGGUCACCAGAGGAGUUUGGCGGAGUAGACAUGCUUCAUGUACCCUCUACACACAUCUGGUUACCUGAUAUUGUACUGUACAACAAUGCUGAUGGGAAUUUUGAAGUGACACUUGCAACAAAAGCUACGCUUUACCACUCAGGAUUAGUUGAAUGGAAGCCUCCAGCUAUCUACCACUCCUCCUGUGAGAUGGACGUCGAGUACUUCCCCUUCGACGAGCAGACCUGCGUCAUGAAGUUCGGAAGUUGGACCUACGACGGAUUCCAGGUCUACGACAUUGGAUUAGUUGAAUGGAAGCCUCCAGCUAUCUACCACUCCUCCUGUGAGAUGGACGUCGAGUACUUCCCCUUCGACGAGCAGACCUGCGUCAUGAAGUUCGGAAGUUGGACCUACGACGGAUUCCAGGUAGACUUGAGACAUCAAGAUGACAAAAUGCCUCUCACUGGACAUAAAACAGCAACAACCAGUAAAGAAGAGCUUGAGUCUAAAGCCCCAGACAUUGUUGAAAUUGGAAUAGAUCUCAAGGAGUUCUAUAAAUCAGUUGAGUGGGAUAUUCUGGGAGUACCUGCAGCUAGGAAUGUUAAGUUCUACACUUGCUGUGAUGAACCAUACCUGGAUAUUACAUUUAACAUCACUAUGAGGAGGAAAACCCUUUUCUACACAGUGAACCUGAUAAUACCCUGUAUGGGAAUAUCUUUCCUAACAGUGCUGGUCUUCUACCUUCCUUCAGAUAGCGGGGAGAAGGUGUCCUUGUCUAUAAGUAUCCUUCUCUCUCUAACCGUGUUCUUCCUCCUCCUGGCAGAGAUCAUCCCGCCAACCUCCCUCGUAGUUCCCCUCCUUGGUAAAUUUGUUCUCUUCACAAUGAUCUUGGAUACAUUUAGAACGCCUUGUAAUGGUUAUGAGUUCCCAUUAAUUCCCACUCAUACUCCACCACACUCGUUUAACAGUUUAUCAAGGAUCAAUCUAUCCCGGUGUCCUGAAGUUACAAGAGCGCUGGAAGGAAUUAAAUAUAUAGCUGCAAUAACACAAAGUGAAGAAGAAUCAAAUAAGGCGAAGGAGGAUUGGAAGUUUGUUGCAAUGGUGAUGGAUCGACUCUUUCUUUGGAUAUUUACCGUUGCUGUCUUAGUGGGAACUGCUGGAAUCAUACUGCAAGCACCCACACUUUAUGAUACAAGACCUGCAAUAGAUGAAGAGCUAUCAGAGAUCGAGAUCACACAAAUAAAACCUGAUAUUCCGAUAGAUUAUCCUACUGCAGAGAUAGAUUCAAUUAUCUAACUCUGAUAUUCCAAUAGAUUAUCCUACUGCAGAGAUAGAUUCAAUUUUCUAACUCUGAUAUUCCGAUAGAUUAUCCUAAUACUGAAAUAUAUAAAAUUAUCUAUCCCUAAUAUUUUGAUAGAUUAUCUUAUUGCAGAGAUAGAUUCAAUUUUCUCUCCCUUGAGUUUAAGCACCAUUAGUAAAAUUAUUAAAUGGUCCUGGGAAAAAUGCUCAAACUGGAUUUAACACAUAAAAACUAACCAUCGAAGUUAAUUUUUUUCUCAACAUGAAAAAGGAUAAUUUCAUCAAAAUUAAACAGUUUUGUAAAAUGGUCGCUAAAAAGACUUGUAUCAAAAAAGAUUCCAAUAAUGUUGAAAAAAUUCAAGUUUUACAAUUACUUCAUGAUUCCCUAGUAAUGUGCAUACAUGGUUGAAAGUUAAAUUUUGAAAUUUUUUAAUCAUUCUUCUCAACUACUUGUUUAUGUGAAAACUGUCUGAAAAUAUAAAAUGUAUGUAUAUUAAAAUCUAAACAUCUAUACGCUCGUCAUAAUUUGGGAAAAGUUUAGAUAUGAAUAAAAUAGUAUAUUUGUAUUUCUACAUUUCAAAAAAGAUUUGUUAAAAAAAAGGAGAAAAAACUCUUGCCUUCUUUGUCUUCCUGGAUCUAUGGAGUUUGAAUAUAUUUAAAAAAUCUAAUUACAUUAGAAGAAAUUAAUUCAAAUUUAUG